AUGUUUAUACAUUGUUUAUAUUGUCUUCAGAGUAUCCUGGCUUUAAAUCCUCGAACACAAACUCAUGCAACUCUGCGUUCAACUUCGGCCAAGAAAUUAGACAAGAAACAUUGGAAAAGAAAUCCCGAUAAGAACUGCUUUGAUUGCGAGAAGCUGGAGAAUAAUUUUGAUGACAUCAAGCACACGACUCUGGGUGAGCGAGGAGCCCUCCGAGAAGCAAUGAGGUGCCUGAAGUGUGCGGACGCCCCCUGUCAGCAGAGCUGCCCCACGAACCUGGAUGUCAAGUCCUUCAUCACCAGCAUCGCAAACAAGAACUAUUAUGGAGCUGCCAAAAUGAUCUUUUCAGACAACCCCCUGGGUCUGACCUGUGGAAUGGUGUGUCCAACCUCCGAUCUCUGUGUAGGUGGAUGCAAUUUGUAUGCCACCGAGGAGGGACCAAUUAACAUCGGUGGACUGCAGCAGUUUGCUACUGAGGUGUUCAAAGCAAUGAACAUACCGCAGAUCAGGAAUCCGUCUCUGCCUCCCCCGGAGGAGAUGCCCGAGGCCUACUCGGCGAAGAUCGCUCUCCUCGGAGCCGGGCCGGCCAGUAUAAGCUGCGCUUCCUUUUUGGCUCGACUAGGCUACUCUGACAUCACGAUAUUUGAGAAACAAGAUUACGUCGGUGGUUUAAGCACGUCUGAAAUCCCUCAGUUCCGGCUGCCAUAUGACGUUGUACAUUUUGAGAUCGAGCUCAUGAAGGACCUCGGCGUGAAGAUAGUUUGUGGCAAAAGCCUUUCGGCGAAUGAAAUCACUCUCCGCACGCUGAAGGCAGAGGGGUACAAAGCCGCUUUCAUCGGCAUCGGUUUGCCGGAACCCAAUAAGGACCCCAUCUUCCACGGCCUGACGCAGGAGCAGGGGUUUUACACAUCCAAGGACUUUCUGCCUCUCGUAGCCAAAGGCAGUAAAGCAGGCAUGUGCGCCUGCCGCUCCCCGCUGCCAUCGGUCGGGGGCGCCGUGAUCGUCCUGGGAGCCGGAGACACCGCCUUCGACUGCGCGACCUCGGCCCUGCGCUGUGGCGCCCGCCGCGUGUUCGUGGUCUUCAGAAAAGGCUUCGGGAACAUCAGAGCCGUCCCCGAGGAGAUGGAGCUCGCCAAGGAAGAGAAGUGCGAAUUCCUGCCGUUCCUGGCCCCACGGAAGGUCAUCGUGAAAGGGGGGAGAAUCGUGGGGAUGCAGUUCGUCCGGACAGAGCAGGACGAGUCAGGGAGCUGGCGCGAGGAUGGGGAGCAGAGCGUGCAGCUGAAAGCGGACGUGGUCAUCAGCGCCUUCGGCUCGGUCCUCAGUGACCCUCAAGUAAAAGAAGCCUUGAGCCCGAUCAAAUUUAACAGAUGGGGUCUCCCAGAAGUAGAUCCGGAAACUAUGCAAACCAGCGAACCCUGGGUGUUUGCGGGCGGCGAUGUCGUCGGAAUGGCCAACACGACCGUGGAAUCGGUGAAUGACGGGAAACAGGCCUCCUGGUUCAUGCACAGAUAUAUUCAGUCACAGUGCGGAGCCACCGUUCCCGCCACACCCACGCUGCCCCUCUUCCACACGCCCGUGGACCUGGUGGACAUCAGCGUGGAGAUGGCUGGGCUGAAGUUCGCCAACCCCUUUGGUCUUGCUAGUGCCACGCCAGCCACGAGUUCCACGAUGAUCCGGAGGGCGUUUGAGGCCGGCUGGGGUUUCGCCGUGACCAAAACUUUCUCUCUGGAUAAGGACAUCGUGACCAAUGUCUCGCCCAGGAUCAUCCGGGGGACCACCUCCGGCCCCACGUACGGCCCCGGACAGAGCUCCUUCCUCAACAUCGAGCUCAUCAGCGAGAAAACCGCGGCCUAUUGGUGUCAGAGUGUCGCCGAGCUCAAGGCCGACUUUCCAGACAAAGUCCUGAUCGCCAGCAUCAUGUGCAGCUACAGCAAGGACGACUGGAUGGCGCUCGCCAGGAUGGCCGAGGCUUCUGGAGCGGAUGCCCUGGAGUUAAACCUGUCGUGUCCACACGGCAUGGGCGAAAGGGGAAUGGGCCUGGCCUGCGGGCAGGAUCCAGAGCUGGUGAGGAACAUCUGUCGCUGGAUUCGGCAAGCUGUUCGGGUUCCUUUUUUUGCCAAGUUGACCCCAAAUGUCACCGAUAUCGUCAGCAUCGCGAGAGCUGCAAAGGAAGGUGGCGCAGAUGGUGUUACCGCCACCAACACGGUCUCGGGCCUGAUGGGACUCAAAGCCGACGGCACCCCCUGGCCAGCAGUGGGCAUUGGGAAGCGGACCACAUAUGGAGGAGUGUCUGGGACGGCCAUCCGGCCUGUCGCCCUGAGGGCCGUGACCGCCAUUGCCCGCGCGCUGCCCGGAUUUCCCAUUCUGGCCACGGGUGGAAUCGACUCGGCCGAGAGCGGUCUCCAGUUUCUCCACAGUGGAGCUUCGGUCCUCCAGGUGUGCAGCGCAGUCCAGAACCAGGACUUCACGGUGAUCGGCGACUACUGCACCGGCCUCCGCGCCCUGCUCUACCUGAGGAGCCUCGAGGAGCUGCGGGACUGGGACGGACAGAGCCCCGCCACCCCGCGCCACCAGAAGGGGAAGCCGGUCCCUCGCAUCCAGGAGCUCACGGGAAAGAAACUGCCAAGUUUUGGACCUUACCUUGAGCAACGCAAGAAAAUCAUAGCUGAGAACAAGCUUAAACUGAAAGGAGGAAAUGAAGCCUGUCUGCCCCUCAAGAGACAGCUGUUUAUCCCCAAAAAGCCUAUUCCCACCAUCAAGGACGUCAUUGGGAAGACGCUGCAGCACCUGGGGGCCUUCGGCGACCUGAGCACCGUGGAGCAGGUGGUGGCCACGAUCGACGAGGAGAUGUGCAUCAACUGCGGCAAGUGCUACAUGACCUGCAACGACUCCGGCUACCAGGCCAUCCAGUUUCACCCCGAGACGCACCUGCCCAGCGUGACGGACGGCUGCACCGGCUGCACCCUGUGUCUCAGCGUCUGCCCCAUAAUCGACUGCAUCCGGAUGGUCGCCAGGACCACCCCGUAUGAACCGAAGAGGGGCGUGCCCUUAACCGUGAACCCCGUGUGCUAAGGUGAUUUGUGAAACCACCUGUGACCUUCAAGGUCACCCACAAAUGCUGAUCUUUCUCGUGAUCAUUUGACUCAGCUCUUUCAAAAUGAAAACAGAUACAUAAUGUCUUGAUAAAAAUCUAGUCUCUAAGUAAAUUUCGAAAUUAUAAAAAAAAAAGCCUGCUACCAGGGACCACUCAAUUAAUGGUCAUAACAUAAAAUAAUUCUCCGAGGAGAGUUGUUAAAUAGCUGUGUGGCCGUUAAUUGGAUGUUCACCAUCAGCUGUUCAUUGUGCAAAGUAUUAAUGUUUUGUGGCAAUUAAUGCAACAGUUUCCAAAUUGCCCGAUGCUGUGCUCUGGCUUUGAUUUCUAAUUGUAAACGAAAUUAAGUAUUUCAGACCAAAGCACAAUUUAACAUAUAAGAAAAUGUUUCCAAGGAAACAUUUUAUAAUUAAAAAUUACACUUAAUUUUAACCCUGUUUCUAAGCAAACAUAAUUAGCUACAGAAAGCACAGAAGAAGAAAGUCAAAUAAUUGUUUUACUGUGGCUGGAGGAAAAAAAAUAUCCAAAGGGGGUUUGUACAACAUUGUAAAGGCCCCUUUGCUAAAAUAGCUUCCUUUGGGGGCUGGAUACUAGACGUGAGAGUAUUUUAACCAUUCCUGUCAGUCUGCCACCCGCCACUCGGGCCUGAGACGUGUCCAGACCCCUCCAGUGAACCAACAUGACACCCUUCUUUAAAACUUAAACUACGCUCCUAACAAAACGCGGCGUUAGGAUGGCCCCCUGGUGAAAGCCGCGCUCACGGGGCACAGAUCUGCUCCGCCCGAUUUUAAUAAUACCCUGCACUAGGGCAACUGCCGCCUGAGCUACACCCGGUGAGGCAGCCUGGGCUUGGCUGCUCGAGACUGAAAAACCCGGCGCUGGCAAUAUGUGUCCAACGGGCGAGACAGGUCCGCUGCCCUCCAUUCUCGUGUCUACGUUACAUUUCAGAAGCCAUGGAAUAAAAAAGCAAUAUAUUUUUCUGCAAUUGCCAAACAAUAUUUUUGCAUUUCUCUAUUUUCAUAAUCAGCAAAUGACACCCUAUAAUUCAUAUAUCUCUUUAUUUGUAGCCUCUUUUCAUAGGAACUCAUAAGUAGUCAAUCUUUAAGUAACCACACGUGGCAUAUUUCUGUGACAAAUGCGAGGCCUAGAAAAAUAAAAUGUUUGAUGAUGCACUUUUUUAGAAAUGAACAUUUAGCACAGAAUCUAUAUGACUGAAUAAUAUCAAAUAAAAUUUCAUAAAGCAUUUUAACGCA